AUGCUGGCUGCUGAGAACGCUACCUGCCUGAGCAGCAGGCGGCUGACAGCUCUCACGGGCGACAUGCUCCCUUCCGAGUGUGCCCGUGAGGUGGUCAGGUCCACGUCGCUGGCAGCUUUCAGCAUGGGCCCUCCGAACUCAGUGGGGCUUCGCGCUUGCUAUCCGCAGGAUGGACUGGAGGAGCUGUCCUAUGCAGACGUGUUCUAUGGCACGGAUGAUGCCAUCUGCGAGUGGAUGGACAAUCCUAGCUUCGAUUUCUUCGUGAUUGAGAAGCAGCAGCCCUGCAGCAUUUUGGGCCGUGGCACGUCGCUCAUCAUCAGCAAUGCCACGGCUUUCUCUCACCGUGUUUCAGACGAUCUGGAAAGGGCCCUGUCUUCCUACUGCAGUCCUUGCGGCGAUCUAAUGGCUGGUGCCGUGGAGGUGGCAAGGAAGAUGCUCAUGGUAGACGUUCUGGUGCAUCGGUCCCUGGCUUUAGCUUCGCCUGGUUUGCGCCGCAUCGCUGCUGCCUCUAUGGCAUUGGGAUCUGCCUUGGCCGUGCUGCUCCUGACUUUGCUCGAUGCCUUCUCCUUCCUGUCCCUGGCCCUCGAGAUGCUGAGACUGCGCAGCAUCGGGUUUGUUGGGUCGCCACUCCAUUUCGCAGUCGUGGUCACCAUUGGCCAGGCUGUUGAGCAGCUGGGCCUCCUGGUGCUGCAUUCCCUGAUCAUGGCCGGCAUGUCCUUUCAGCUGGAGCUAGCCAACGAUUUUUGGCCAGAGCUGCACUGCACCCGCAGUACAGUAUCGUCUGAGAGUGUCCCUAAUGCCUGGCAUCAAGCGGCUCGCUGGACGGGGACUGCCUUGGUCUUCUUCGCUGCCGGCAUGUCAGUCUUCUUCGCGCUGUGCAUCCUGGGGGGCUAUGUUUACCGAUUUCAUGGCCUGGUGCCUGCUGGCUGGCUUGCAUCCGUCCUGUACAAUCGUGACGUGAAGAUGACUCGCUUUGCUGCGGCUCCGCUUUCGAUGUCCGACUACAGGCAUGAAACCCUUGCCGUGGAUCCAGCAGAAGCUGAAACAGUAAGGACCUCCCUCCUCCGACCUGGCCUUGGUGUCGCUGCAUCUCUGGGCUUCUGGCACCAGAAGAUGAGCUACAUCUUUCAGGUGGGCCGGAGGUUGGAGUGGUACUUGCCUGCUCUCCCGGACACAGAUCCGAAGACCAUUGCAUUCACCUCCGACUGCGUGAGCUGGAUGGCCCUUGUCCGGGCCACGGUGCAGAGCCUCUCCGUUGCUUGGCUUCUGCUGCCUUUCGGAGCACUGCCGGCCCGAGCCUGUCUCUACUUGAACGAGCGUAUUCUUUUCGCAGCCGGAACCGAUGGCGGUAACUCUGCGGACGAAGCAGAUGCCCUCAUGCAACAUGCUUUGGAGGACGUUGGCAUCUUCUGGCAGACCUCAGGAUGGUUGGCGGCCAUGGGCCAUUUUGUGACGCUGCUGCUGCUGCUAGCGGUGGACUUCCUGAUCCUGGCGCACGAUCCACGCGAGCAGCUCAUCGCAGGGCUCCUUGCCACAGGAGCCGGCCUUGCAGUGCUGCGCGCAGCUCUGAGUCAACUCCAGGGCCUGGAAGCUUGUCGACACCGCCACGGGCUCGUCGCAGCCUGCAGCGAGAUCCUACAGGACGCUUUGCCUUCACGGGUUGUCCAAAGCCACACUCGUGCGCAGCUCAAGACGCAUCCCAGGUCUCGGAGCGAGGAGCAAGCAGACGCAUUGGGAAUACGGCCAUGGCAUGCAGGCUUUCCCUUCGUAAAGGCUGUGACUUCGCAGCGCCACGAGAAGCUAACACCCCUGCCCGUGAGGCGAGGAGACAGCGAACCCACCGAUGAGGAGUGUCUGUCUGCGCUAAGAGGAGAUGCCGAGCGUGUUGUUUCAGCCUGUCGCGAGCUCUUGGAACUGGAUUGGGUCAGGAGUGGGCUGCUGCCUGGGCGCCUGCGGGGGAAGCUUGUCGCUGCCAGGGCGGCCCGAAAUCGACGCAUCCGACUCGCCCAGGCUCUGCUGGCCUCUCGACGCCCAGGCUUCCUGGCCCGCCUUCGCCGAAGACCUGCCGCUUCUUCAGGGCUUUUCUACGGUGCUUUGCUGAUGGCAUUACGGGAAGUCGCGGAGGAGGACUUGAUUGCGCAACGCUGCGCGUCGGAGGCCCGAAACGUGGUGUGCGAACACCUGCGGCAGCAUUGCACUCUCCAAGCCCGGAAGCUACAGCUCUGGCUUCACGGCGUCGCCCAGAGCCAAGCGGCACGUUGGGCACAGGCCUUGUCGCUCUCAGGGGCCGUUGGGGACAUCCUCGAGGGCCUCGACUCCGGAGUCCUCGGGUGCAAUCCUUGCGAAGUCGCUUCAGAAGAGCCCGGAGAGCCCGGCGGAGGUGUGCUGGCUGCGCCUGCCGACCAGCAGGCGCUGUCGGUCCAGCCGGCGGUGGAAGAGAAGACUCAGAAUGAAGAGGAGGCUGACGAUGUGCUAGUGAGUCAAGACGAGGACCAGGAAGUGGGGCAACGACAGCAGCGUCUUCAUGCAUUCCUGCAGUCACCUGGUCUGCCCGAAGAGAGCGAGGCUGGCGUUGCCAGUGCCACGGCAAGUGCUACACUACCGUUCGAUCCUGCAACGGUGCGGGCACGUGCAACCUUGCAGCCUCAGGCUUGGGAGAGCCGAGAUGCCCCACAGACAUUGCGAAUGCUGUUUGCUGUCUCGCAGCAAGGUCUCAUCCGAAUUAGUGGGCACUGGGCAGCCGGGGGUCGCGAAGUCCUUCCAGAAAAGCAGGCUCGGGUCAACAUCACUGCAAAGGCCGAGGUCGUGCUUCAUUGGCCCAAGUCAGCUCGGCCUUCAACCGCGGAUGUUCAGGUGGAGUUCAUCUCACAUCAGAUUUGGCCCCCACUUCCACGCAAGCCAGCUGCGGCAGGUGCGGGUGGACUGCUGACAAAGCGAAGCGACACCAGGCUGCGCACACCGUGCAGGAGGCGUUUGGGAAGCAGCUGGGCGCAGCAAAAUGACGAGCUGCGCUGGUGGGAGCGACAAGUGGCAGGUAGAGGGUGGCUCUUGAGACGAAGCCCUGCUGCUGUUUCCAAUGCACCCAACGAAGAGGAUCGUAUGGAUUCGCUGUGGCGCAUUCUUUGUGGUGUGGAGUGGAGCGCCUGCUCCGAUGGUCACUCCGCCAGGGCUGGGGAUGAGGACAGCGAUGGGGCCGUUAUCCUUCCAACGGAGCUGGGCCAGACCCGCUGGUUCGCUCCAGUUGCGUUGCCGGCUCUCGAUCCUUCACAGCAAGAAAAGUUCCAGCCGAGGUGCUUUUCAACAACCAGCGGCUCUGGACGAGACGACCUCUUCCAGACUGCUGGCCGAAAGCUUGCCUCGACACAGGUUGGAGGAUGUGUGGGCCUGCUUGGGCCUGUCGCCAACGUUAUGCAGGAGCCCGCGGCAAUGGACGACGAGGUCCUUAUCGCUGCGAUGCAGGCCGUAGCAGUUGCUGCUUCUGCCGCAGCCCAUGCACCGAGAGCGGCGCUGAGGGCGCUGGAGGUGGCCAUGCGCCGAAAUCCUCAGCAACUGGGCGCUGCAUUCCUGACUUCGCUGUACAGUGGCACAGGAGGUUUGUCGCAGGUGGAGGCGGUGCGGCGCAGCUGGCUGAUGGCUGCCGCGGCCCGGAAGCUCCUCAAGCAGAAGCGUGCUCGGCAGGCACAGCAGGAACGCAGCCAGUUCGAUGCCGGCCUCAGGACGCUCUCGGAACAGCUGCUUUUCUGGACGGCCAGCCGGGAGCGAAAACGAUGGCUUCGGACUUCAGAGCGCGAACCUAUGGGACUGACAUUUCUUGGCAAAAGCAAGGCACCUAACUGGGGCAUCUUGGAUGUGGGCUCCAGCAGCACCAGCCCGGCCAAGUCUGCGAAGUCUGGCCUGGAUGCUGCUUUCGAGAUGGCCGAGCCUCAGGACAUGGAUGCGAGUUUCUGCAGCAUGGCCAGGGGCAGCAGUGGGCCAAAGUGGGUGGAUUCCGACGAUACGCACAGGAGUCCGACAAGCCGACGAAGCAGUCAAGGCAGCGCAUCUGGCGAUCGUGUGACGCCGUUCCAGUGCAAUGCUGCCGCUCAAGCAAUGGUAGUCACGGAAGUAGAUGCCUCCGACGACUUUGAUCUCAACCCGGCGCCGCGAUUCAGAGACCUGCGCAGAGGCAGUGACCCUGAUACUGCGAGGAUGGAUGAGGCACAGAUGCAAGAAGGUUCCCGACAUAUCCAGCAGAUGGUUGCCGACUUCGUGCAGAAGGCUAGUUCGCAUCAAGCGGAUGUGACCGAGCUGGAGAAGACCUUGGAGGAAGCCAGACAGGGUGCAGUGGGAUCAGCUGAUCUGACAGCCAUGCAGAAGGCCUUCGAACAUUUGAUGGCCCUGCAGAGGGCGGCGCUUGGUCUGCUGGAAUCCUUGCAGAGUGGCAGCAUCAGGCAACUGGAGUCUCGACUGAGCAUGGCUCGCGAGCUGGGUCUGGCACCAGAUGCAUUUCCGGACGCUGCAGGCGACGGACUGUUGAAGCUUGCUGCGCAGAAGCUUGAGGAGCAAAAGGCCGCAGCACCAGGCUUCCUCGAUACGGCCCUGGAUGCUUUCGCAAGCCACAGCUCGAAGAAAGGUGUCCUCGGAGUCGGAAUGAUUGCGCUUCAACGCUGUGUCGAUCAGGCACGCGCGGCCAAAAUCCAGGACUCCACCAAACUCCAUCGAGUUGAAGCAAAGCUUCAUCUGUUGUGCGAACGCAAAAGAGAGAUCGCUCUGCUGAAGGCAGCGAUGGCAGCGGAGGAUGCAUGGCUCCUAAAGGCGGCCACAGAGGAGUGUCGUCAGCGCUUCGGGGAAGUGACGUUUGGCGUCGACCUAACGCUGGCCAAAUGUCAGCUCGAGAUUUGGGAGAGAGCUUCUGUGCAAGCAGCAGCGGUAUCGACAACCAGCGAAGCACGUCGACCUAGCAGCCUCAGGCUUGCAUCCCAGGCGACUUCGAGCGAGCCUAUAGAUUUGGAGCGCUCCGACGUCCUCGCGCCACUCGCCUUGGGCACACCGCUGGUCCCGCCUUCUUUGGGGCCUCCUGUUCCUGCGCAGGAGGAACGUGCCGUCACUGCCUUGCGUGCCGCGAUGUUCCAGGAGCCUCCGCAGGCGGGCCUCCUGCGCUUGGCCAUCGCCCGAGCUCGUCGUGCCGGCGUGGCCAAGGAGGAGGUUAGCAAGGCAGAAGCUGUCUUGCAGGAGGAGCGAGAGGCAGAACAGGCUUUGGAGCAGCUUCGACGAGCUGCCGCGGCACGGGACGUCCGUGCCCUGCGCCGUGCCAUCGCAGACUGCGCAGAUGCUGGGGUGGAUCAGGGGCGCUUGCUGCCGGCAUCCACACAACUCUGUGAUGCGCUGGGGGAGCUGCUGAAACGGGCACAUCAGCAUGGGCUGGCCCUGAGUGUGCUGACAGACCUGGAUCGCGAAAGGCAGGAGCUGCGCUACAGCCUUGCAGAGAAACGAAGCGGUUUACGCACUGUUUGCCGUGUGCGGCCUCCGUUGGCCCCAGAGCUGCAGACUGCGCUGCGAAGCCACGCGGGGCUCGCACCUGUCUUGAGGCGCGUCGAUCGCCGAACCCUGGAGGUGGCGCUGGCGAGCGGCAGCUAUGCCACAUGCGACUUUAGCGCAGUGCUGGGCCCGGAAAGCACUCAGGCGGAGGUCUCGACUGAGCUUCUGGGCUUGGCACAAGCAGCAAUCGACGGAGGCAAUGUGGCGGUCAUUGCUUGUGGGCAGCGUGGUGCUGGCAAGAGCUUCACGCUGUGUGGCUCUGCAGACCAGCCUGGGGUUCUACCGCGUCUGCUGGAGGAGCUUUUUGCUAUCAAGAGCCGGGAGCACUGGCGCUCGGACAUCCACAUUGAUGUGCAAGCGUUGGAGAUCGUGGAUGACGGGCCGCCAACCGACCUCUUGAGCCAGGCCUCAGAUGGCGAGACGGUCGAACAGCGCAUCGAGGCGAUACGUCCCUGCUGCGUCCAAGGUGGCCCUGGCCAGCUUUGCUUGGCCGCAAGUGCCGCGAUUGUGUCGGGGGCUGCAACUCGCCGUGCAGAAAGGCUCCAAGAGCUGAAGGACUUGGUGCAGGACAUAUGGCAGCAGCCCUCCACAAAUGCCUCGCGUCACGCAGUCCUCAUCCUGCAGCUGACGAGACGGAACCGGCUAACAGGCGUGACCUGUCGAAGCCGCUUGCUGGUCGCGGACCUGGCAGGGGCGUCUUCACCUGCUGCGGACCGGGCACUAAGCUGGGCCGUCGCAUGUUCGGCCCGGCAAGGUCCGCGGAGUCUGGGGGUGAGCAGCUCGAACUGGUUGUCCUCGGCCGGCGCUUCCUCUGCAGACGGACCUGGCAGCCAGGUGCUGGCAGCCUUGCUGCAAGACUGCUUUGGACCGGGCUGUACCGCAACCAUGAUCGUGUGUUUGGCACCAAUGGCUCCAGACCGUGAGGGCGUUCUCGCGGUGCUUGAGGCACUGGGUUUGCGCCAAAGUGUUGUGCAGACCGCUGACACGCGUGCUGAACGGCGAUUUCAGCCACCCCCGGAGCCACUGGAGCUCCCUUGCACUCCGAAGACGCCCAAGCUGCCACAAUCGCCAGUGCUCCUGCAGCAGAUGAAUGCGUCGCCAGCCCAGUCGCCCACUGCGCAGCUCGCGCGGUCGUCCUCCAACAACUCUCUUUUUCCGACGUCGCAGCGGACCUCAGUCUCUGACUCGGAGUCUCUGGAGGAGGAGGACCUUUGA